GGAGAGGCCGCUGCUACCGUACGGCCAGGUUUUUUUGUUCCUUUAUUCUUCUCCCCAUUUAACCACACGAAGCCAUCAGCCCACCAAGACAUGACCACCAACGCCAACCCCUUGCAUCCAUACUGGCCUCGGCACAUAAGGCUGGACAACUUUGUGCCUAAUGACCGCCCGACUUGGCAUAUCCUGGCUGGCCUCUUCUCUGCCUCGGGAGUUCUAGUCGUGACCACAUGGCUGUUGUCCAGUCGUGCUGCUGUUGUCCCACUAGGGACUUGGCGGCGACUGUCCCUGUGCUGGUUUGCAGUAUGUGGGUUCAUCCACCUGGUGAUUGAGGGCUGGUUCUGUCUUUACCAUGAGGACCUGCUUGGAGACCAGGCCUUCUUAUCUCAACUCUGGAAGGAAUAUGCCAAGGGUGACAGCCGAUACAUCCUGAGUGACAACUUCACAGUAUGUAUGGAAACCAUCACAUCUUGCCUGUGGGGACCACUCAGCCUGUGGGUGGUGAUUGCUUUUCUCCGCCAGCAACCCCUCCGCUUUGUACUACAGCUCGUGGUCUCCUUGGGCCAGAUGUACGGGGAUUUGCUCUACUUUGUGACGGAGUACCGUGACGGGUUCCAGCAUGGAGAACUGGGCCAGCCCCAGUACUUUUGGUUUUACUUUGUCUUCAUGAAUGCAUUGUGGCUGGUGGUACCAGGAAUCCUCCUGCUUGACUCUAUGAAGCAGCUUGCUCACACACAGAGCAUAUUGGAUGCCAAGGCCACAAAAGCCAAGAGCAAGAAGAACUGAUGAGUGAUGGACUAGGCUGGAACAUUGACUGCAAGAAAUAAAAGAUCUUGGACCAGCAGGUGGCAUGGUGGCUAAAGUGAUGGACUUCCACAUGGCCAAUAGUGUUUUGAGUCCUGGACCUUGCGGCUUGCUUUCUC